UUGAGUUAGUAGACAGCGGUACUCCUUUGCAGAAAUACGAAAUACAACACAAAGCGCACAAGCUCUCCAUAUAAACCCAAAAAUCAAACAAAAUAAACAAACAUAAAACUUCCAACGCUCGAAUUGCAAGCACAUAGUACAAUUACCUAUUUAAGGAAAUUCAUGAAAAGAAAAAUUAAGCUAAAAAAAUAGCAGAAUUACAUUGGAAAUUAAUUAAGUGAAUGAUUACAAUUCAUGUACAUAUAUAAUUUAAAGAAAACGCGUGUGCAUUAAACAAAUUCACAAAAAAAAACAAAGCUAAAAAAUGCAGGCAAUUGGUGAUGCGGAACAAGAGAAGACCAUCGAUUACUUGCAAAAAUGGUUUGAGGAGAACAAAAAGUUGCCAAACAAAAUUGACCGCAUUCUAUUGACCCGUUUUUAUUACUGCAUGUACAAAGAUGUUGAGGAAACCAAAAAACUAUUGGAAAUAAACUAUACCAUACGCAAUGACUAUCCACAUAUCUAUAUUGAACGUGACCCCACAGACCACGAUACAAUCAAUGCAUUUGCGUAUACAGAUAUGGUACCUCUGCCAGGUUUAACGGCAGAAAAUUAUCGCAUCACAUUUCUUCGUUUAACUGACUUUGAUCCUAGUAUGAUGCAUCACACCGAAGAUACCAAAACCUUUAUCAUGGUAAGCGAUUGCCGAUUCUCAAUUCCAGAUGUGGUAAAGGGUGACACUCCAUUGCUGUCAGAGGGUGAAGUACAAAUUUUUGAUAUGAACGGUUAUACCAUGAAACAUGUGGCACGAUUAUCAUUUAGAACUUUACGCACUUAUUUGAAGUUUUUACAAUUGGCCUUUCCGGUGCGGAUAAAGGCCAUGCACAUGAUUAACUGUCCAUCGUAUUUGGAUAAAAUUCUGAUGGUGGUGAAGCCAUUCAUAAGCAAAGAGGUCUUUGAAAUGAUUCAUUUUCAUACCAAUGGCAUAGAGACUUUAUACGAUUAUGUACCCAAAGAAAUGUUACCUGAAGAAUAUGGUGGCAAUGCUGGUAAACUAAGUGAUUUGAAGGCAGUAUUCAGAAAAACCCUGGAGGAGAAAAGGGAUUACUUAAUGGACCCUAAUCAUUGGAGAGUGGGGAACUCCAAGUAAUUGUACAAGCUUUACUAUGCAUUUCACUUUGUUGUGUGUUUUUUCCUUAUUGUUAUAUACAUAUGUAUUAUAAAUGUUAUUAAAAACGUUUUGUGAUUUAUACUGUUUACUUAAUUCUUUAUAUAAGAAAAUUUAAUAAAUAUAUUUUCCUAUUAAUGUUCCGCAAAA